CUGGAGGAAACUGAAGGUUGUGGGUUUAGUUACCACAAAUAAAUACUACUUAGAUUUAAUCCAGACUGGAAGUAUCAGCACUUCUACACAGGACAGUACGAUGAGGCUCUACAGUACAAGGCUCUUCUCGUCCUCCUUGAUCUUACUGCAGCUUUUGACACCAUUAAUCACUCCAUUCUUCUGUCCCGCCUUGAAUCCUCUGUCAACAUCACUGGUACUGCCCUUUUGUGGUUAAGGUCAUAUCUCAUAAACAGACAACAGUUUGUUAAUAUCAACAAUUGUAGUUCUGCCAUUGCUCCACUGUCCCAAGGCGUUCCCCAAGGCUCAGUGUUAGGUCCCCUUUUGUUUAUUCUUUAUAUGCUCCCCCUUGGUGACAUCAUACGUCGGCAUGGUUUACAUUUCCACUGCUAUGCUGAUGAUAUUCAGCUUUACAUCUCCUCCAAAUCCAUUAAUACUGAACUUCACUCCACUCUGACAAAUUGCAUCACUGAAAUGAAAUUGUGGAUGAAAGCUAAUUUCCUCAAAUUAAACUGUGAAAAAUCAGAUAUGAUCAUCGUAGGUCCUACAACCCUGGCAAAAACCACAAAAAAUUUUCAAAUUACCAUUGAUAAUGACACUUUGUCUCCGUCUUCUAACAUCCGAAAUCUUGGUGUAAUUUUUGAUAGCAACCUCUCUUUUGACCGCCAUGUAAAUCACAUCACCAAAACUGCUUUCUUUCAUCUAAAAAACAUAGCACGUCUACGUCCAUCACUCUCCUUUUCUGCCGCCGAAACCUUGAUUCAUGCUUUUAUUACAUCCAGAAUUGAUUAUUGCAAUAGCAUCCUUUAUGGUACAUCUAACAAAAUCCUAAAAAAACUUCAGUAUAUCCAGAAUUCAGCUGCUCGCCUCCUUACUCAUACUCGCUCCCGUGAUCAUAUUACACCUGUUCUACAAAAACUUCAUUGGCUUCCCGUUGCUCAACGCAUUCAAUUCAAAAUUCUUCUAUUCACUCACAAAGCUCUCCAUAAUCAGGCCCCAUCCUACCUCACCGACCUGCUCCAUCAGCACAUUCCCUCCCGUAGCCUUCGCUCUUCUGAGGCUAACCUACUGUCCAUACCCUCUAGGACCAAGCACCGGACCUGGGGUGACAGGGCCUUUUCCAUAGCUGCUCCAUCUUUAUGGAAUGCUCUCCCCAAACACCUACGAGAUUGUCCUGACCUGUCCAAAUUCAAGUCACUUCUCAAAACUCAUCUAUUCAGAGUGGCAUUUAACUUGUAACAACACAAAAUAAAUGCUUUUAUUUUUGCUAUUCUUUUUAAUAGUUUUUAUACUUAG